UUAUGUCUGGUAAGGAAGACGAAUAUGAAAAGUUGUUGUCUGAGUAGAAUCUGAAGGAUAGAUUAGAGGCACCAUAAACAGAAACUGCAAGAUAAAGAAAAUGGCGUAUAGUGAAAAGAAAAUUUGCAGAAGUUUAAGUGUAUGCAAAAUAAGGAUUCAUAAUGGGAUCUUUAGUUGGAGGUGGAUUUGGAUUAGUAACAGGUUUAUGGGCAGCAGUUUAAUACAAGAAAUUAUCUAUGAUUCCAAUAUCAGUAAUAGUAAGUGGUGGAAGUUUUGGUUUCAUCAUGGCUUGUGGUAGUAUGAUUAGGAGUGAUGAAUUAAUUGGUGGUGAAUAUUAAUAGCAUUUCAAAUUAAAUAAUUAAGAAGUGCCUAUUGAAUAGUUCUGGUUGAAUAGAAAGUUUGAAUGA